AUGGCGGCUCCAUUGUCAACCGACAACAAGGACGGAUCUCGACAUGUGGAGGACCACGACGGUCCAGCUGGCGAUGUGAACGAUAUUCAGGCUGCCAAGGACUGGAAUCGUCUGAAGGAAGAUGCUACUCUGGCUACCCAGGAUGAGCACAAUACGAGCUUUCUUGAGGGUUGCAGGCGGUACCCCAAGGCUGCAGCCUGGUCUUGCCUCGUCACCAUGUGUAUCAUCAUGGACGGCUACGACCAGGCUCUCAUCAGCGGCUUUUUCGCCUUCCCGGCCUUCACCAAACAUUACGGUCACGAACUGCGCGACCACCCGGGGAGGUACGUCAUGUACGGCCCGUGGCAGAUGGCCCUCGGCUUUGCUGCGCCUGUCGGUAACAUGUUCGGUAUUUAUCUGAACGGUUGGCUGGUUGACAAAAUGGGUCACAAGAAGGCGCUCCACGUGGGCCUGUUCAUCAUUUGCGGUCUCAUCUUCAUCCAGUUCUUCGCCAAGAAUGUCGAGACGCUGUUCGUUGGUCAAAUCCUCCUUGGUGUUCCCUGGGGUAUAUUCGCCACCCUGGCACCUUCUUUCGCUUCUGAAGUCGCGCCCUUGGUUCUGCGAAGCUACCUCGAGACCUGGGUUGUGACCUGCUGGGGCAUCGGACAGUUCUUCUCCUACGCGGUGCUCUUCACCCUCAACACCAACCUGAGCGAGUGGGCUUACCGCAUCCCCUUUGCUGUCCAAUGGGUCUGGCCAGUCGCCAUCCUACCCUUUGCCCUCUUCGUCCCCGAGUCACCUUGGUGGCUGGUGCGCAAGGGUAGGAUUGAACAGGCCGAGAAGUCGGUCAUGAGGCUCACCUCGGCCCCUACCAAGGAGAUACAGAGAGAGAAUGCAAAGAAAGCCGUCGCCCUGAUGAUCGAGACCAACAAGCUCGAGCAGGACUUGGACGAUGACAUUUCGUGGACGGCCUGCUUCAAGGGCACUGAUUUGCGCCGGACCGAGAUCUCUGCUUUCACCUGGGCAUCCCAAGUUCUGACCGGCUUUGUCAUUCAAGGCUAUUCGACUUUCUUUUUCCAACAGGCCGGUCUGAGCCCCAAUGACUCGUUCAAGAUGACCCUGGGAGUCGGCGGUGUGCAUCUGCUCGGCAACCUCCUCUCUAUGACCUUGACUGGUAACUAUGGCCGACGAACGCUGUGGCUCUGGGGGUGUGCUGUCGAGGCGGUCUUGAUGUUUGCCAUGGGCUUCGUGGCCAUCCCCAAGCAGAGCACCGCCUUUGGCUUCGCAACCUCUGCGCUGUACAUCCUUUGGUUCGGCAUCUGGUGUCUUACCCUUGGUCCGCUCCCUUACAUCAUCAACGGCGAGGUGUCUGCUACGCGACUUCGUACCAAGACUAUCGCUGUAUCCCGCGCCGCCUAUCAGGUGCUUGGUAUCAUCAACAGCAUUGUCACUCCUUACCUGCUUAACCCUGAGUAUGCCAACUUGAAAGGCAAGGUUGCGCUGAUCACGGCUAGUUUUACUGUUGUCACCUUCAUCUGGGCUUGGUUCCGUCUUCCCGAGACCGGUGGAAGGACGUACGAGGAGUUGGACAUUCUCUUCAACGAGAAGGGUCUGAAGGCUAGACAGUUCCGCCACGUUGUCAUUCAUCGUGAGGGCGAUACUAUUAGGGUCGAGGGCCCGCACAACACACCCAACUAG